GAUCGCCAAUGCUCUCGGUCGCCAAUGCUCGCGGUCGCCAAUGCUCGCAGUCGCCAAUGCUCGCAGUCGCCAAUGCUCGCGGUCGCCAAUGCUCGCGGUCGCUAAUGCUCGCGGUCGCUAAUGCUCGCGGCCGCCAAUGCUCUCGAUUACCAAUGCUCUCGGUCGCCAAUGCUCUCGGUCGCCAAUGCCCUCAGUCGCCAAUGCCCUCAGUCGCCAAUGCCCUCAGUCGCCAAUGCUCUCAGCGAUGAAGCUGAACAAUAUCGGUGCUUCCGUACCGAUACGUACCAACGUCAUAUAGUCAAUCGUUCAAAAGUUGGAUGCAGAUAAGCCUUCAUGGGUAUAGAACGCUGGACGCCCAACCCAAGCUGCUUUCCAGGAAACCAAAGUGUACCAGCCCAAAAGCCACAUCGCAGAGAAUAG